UAUUUAUAUCGAAACGCUAGGGGGAUCUGAGAGGGAUGCUGUUGAGGGAAUUAGAUAUUUGGGUGAGAUUCGCCUCCCUCACAGUUACCAAAAGAGGCAUGACCUCAUCUGUGCGUUUUUUUUAUUCCUUUGAAUGUAAAAAAAACAAACCCAAACCGUUUUUAACUUGAUAGCGUUUGAAACUCUUCCACGAAUAUGUACAGGGGAGAGAUUAGCGUCUGGUGCGUUAAAAACAUCAUCAUGUAUUUCAGUUCUGCCCCACAGAGUGAGUCAAUCACGGUUUUUGAUUCAGCACACAGCAAGCAUCGCUGCAGUAGUGCAUUUCCAAUAAACAUGUCAUAUUAGCCAGAAUCCGACCCAGUCAGGUGCUGACCCAGUGGGUUUCGAAUGUGGAAGAUGGGCUUUCAGCCUUUCACACUACAGCGGGCGUUUGGUGUGUGCUGUCUGGCGUCUCUAUCUGAUUAAUGGUUCCUGUAACAAAUGUCUUUUUGAGGGUUGGUUCAUGCGCUGAUCUUUUUUUAGACUGCGGUUCUCCUACAGCCUUGCCGCCUACCGUUUGAAUCGCUGAUACUUAGCGUCCUCUUGUGCUCUCUGGGUAACCAGGCGCCUCCGCUCUGACCAGCGCAGACAGACUCUCUGUUCAUGCCCCCAGCUGUGGCUUUGAAACGGCUGGUUUCCUUGGGGAUAAGCAUCAGGACCAGCUGAAGUCACGCAAAAAGUGAUUUCGAAGUUGCGCGCGGUUAACAAGAGGUACCACGCGUACGUCUGCCGGUGUGACAUCUGCAAGCCUCACCGAAAUGCACCACAGAAAAAAAAAACUAGGCUGGGCUAUUUCAUUUAUUCAAAAUGAUUUGCUUCAAAGGUCGAGAUGAACUCCCGAGUUGUUGAUUUCGCAGUAAGGCGACGCCCAGGGCUCGUUCCUCGCUGUAAAAUUCAGUCUGGUGCGCAUCCUCUGCGUGCCGGGUGUAAACUGCUACUGUCCCAGGCCUCCACCACGGGAGACUAGUUCAUCAGGAGCUCAUAAACAUAUAUAACACGUAUGGCAAUGAUAUAAUACAGCAACUGCACAAUACCGUCACACAAAACAACAUUCAGCAACAUCGCUCAAUCAGAACUCUUCCAGGACCAUAAGAUUAAAAAAAAAAACACCGCUUGUAAGGAGUCUGUUCCACGAUCGGAUGCUUUUAGGUAUGAAGGAAGUAAUUGCUCUCUUAAGUCUUGUGCUGUUGCGCUCAGAUCUCCUUCCUCCCCAGGGGGAGCAGGAGAGUCUGUUCUAGAAGGAGUGGAUGAGAGGGGGUCAUUUUAAGAUCUUAUGUGCGAGAUUAAGGAAGUGCCGCUUCGUUAGACGUGUUAUUGAGCCCAUGGAUGCGCCGGUUAAUUUCGCCACCAAUCCCGAUCACGUAUAUAUCGGCGCUUAUAUCGAUCACAUCAUAAGGCGCUUGUAUCCCCCCCUGGUGUAAUAAAACAUGGGCACUGUGUUCAUGGCGCUGGGGUGGAACAGUGCUCUAGAAAUCGGGUGAUGAAGACAUGCAGGUUUAUUCAAAUUCUCCCAACACGUCUUUUUUUUUUUUUACUUCAGCAAGCACACCUUUCUUUCUUCCGGUGUGUCUUGUUGUCCUUUUUUUAGUGCUGGAUCGACUGUUAGGUCGACCGCGAAUAAAACAGGAGCGCAGGGCUCUCCUCCCUCUGCGAGCGAGCGGACGGUGUGGAAUUAGUUUCGCGUCCCUUAUUAUUUUUUUUUACCGAGGCAGGAAAAGGGAGUGGACUCGAGUCACUGGGGAGCUGGAAUUUCCUCUCCCCGUCCAAUGAGGGAGAGGCUCUGGCGAGCUUGUGUAUUUUCCAAUCUCAACGGAACGGGGAGGGGCAGACAAGAAAGAGGGAGAGGGCAGGCAAGCUGAGAGUCUCAGCUGAACUGCAACGUGGGCGAGAGACCGGGCAGCUCAAACCGAGAGAGAUCAGGCGAGAAAGAGAGCAGCGUUCGCGGUCGGUGGCAAAAAAAAACCCACACACGCACACAACGAAAGAGCCGAUAGAUUUCCCGAGUCGCCGUCAGAACAGGAUAAAAAACAAGCAAGGAAAAGAGCAGGCAGGGAAACCCGUGGCGAGUAUACAGCAGGAGCUGUCGCGGCCGGCGUUGCAACAGAACUUUGCAUUGAACUAAGGGAGAGGCUCGCUCCGUGCACUUUUUUGGGGGGUCUUUUUUGGGGGGGAGGAACGAAACGAGCAUAGCCUAGUCGUUGUCGGGCGGCGGCGGCGGCGGCGGCGGCGAUGCGGGACGGGUCCGGCGAGGAGCAGCAGCCGCAGCAGCCGCAGCAGCUGACCGCUUCCUUCGAGAUGACCUGGGGCAGCACGGCCAGCAGCGGCUACUGCAGCCAGGAGGACUCGGACUCCGAGCUCGAGCAGUACUUCACCGCGCGCACGUCCUUCGCGCGGAAGCCCCGCAGGGAGAAGGUGAGCCCUCGCGCUGCUCGAGCGGCACUUCCGCGUCGCGGUUUCUCAUUCUGCAGCACAUGGGGGGAAAAUAAAAUAAAUACAAGUUCUGAUCCUGACACCUCCUCCCCCCUUCAUUUUUUUAACAAGGACGGCUCCUACACGGGCUUCAUCAAGGUCCAGUUCAAGCUGGUGCGGCCCGUCUCGGUGCCCCCGCCCCGCAAGGGCGCGGCGGGGCAGGACCCCCGCAAGGGUGCCGGGGUGAAGAGGCGCACCUCCUUCUACCUGCCCAGGGACACGGCCAAGCACCUGCACAUCAGCUCCCGAACCCGGGCGCGCGAGGUCAUCGAGGCGCUGCUCAACAAGUUCACCGUGGUGGACAACCCCCGCAAGUUCGCCCUCUUCGAGCGCACCGAGCGGCACGACCAGGGUGAGAGGCCCGCGCGGUGUCCGCUUCCCGUCGCGUGUCCGACGCGGUCUCUUGACGCGCCUUGACGUCCAGUGCGUCGCACCCUCUGAAAGGAGCGCCACACUGCACGUGCCAGCUGUCUUGGAACGAGCUGCAUUCCUCUCUUGUCAGGCUUUGCUGCUUUUAACAAUGGGGAUUCCUCUGUAGUUAAAGGGGAAAUGCAGUCCCGAUUUCUCAGACCGGUUAUUGCAUCUUAGUAACAAAAAUUCACAGAUGAAUUUCAGAUUCAACACUAAAUCGUUAACUUCGGGGGAAGUACUGUAAGUCACCAUGUUGUCGCAAACUCGCGUUCAAGUUCCCUUGAAUUGCGCCAUUAUUCGACCCUUCCUGCUCACUAGUCUCCCUAACGUAUGACGUCUGAGCGAAUAAAAAAUGGGUUGUGCAGCAGGUAUUUCGCUGCAGAAAGUUUCCAAUAUGAUCUACAUGCAGGGUUAGCAAGAAGUGUUUGACGGCACAACCUUGUUGGAAAUCGAGAGCGGUCUUUCUAUUGGAUCAAAAGAGAUGUAUUCACGAGCCUGCUUGUUUACAGUGUAAUAGGGCCGCACUGGA